AUGCAACAGGUCAUACUCAGCUCUCUGGAAGACCAGACAUGGGACGGUAUCGAGGAGGAGCGGAGCCAAGCUCUGCAGAAGAUUGAACGGCAGAAGCGUCUUAUCAAGAAGCUGGGUCGAGAGGCACAGGAACACACCGAUGACAAGACUGCAGAACUCCAAACUCAUAACAUCACUCUCAUUACAGCCUAA